ACAUCUCACAUCAUACAGCAUAAUUUAGAGUUGAAAAUGAUGAAGCUGAUCAUCGUAGCGGCGGUCGCAAGCAUAUUAGUUGCGGCGGCGAGCGCUCAGAAUUGUGGGUGUGCGGCGGGAUUGUGCUGCAGCCAGUAUGGGUAUUGUGGAACCGGAGAUCAAUACUGCGGCACCGGCUGCAAGGAGGGCCCUUGUUAUGCCUCUCAGACCGGAGGAAACUCCCAAGGCUCCGUCGCCGAUAUCGUCACGCCCGAGUUCUUCAAUUCCAUCAUUGACCAGGCCGACGCAAGCUGUGCCGGCAAGAACUUCUACACCCGAGCCUCCUUCCUCGACGCCCUCAAAUCCUACUCACAGUUCGGCAACCUCGCUUCCGCCGAUGACUCCAAACGCGAGAUUGCCGCGGCUUUUGCCCAUUUCACCCACGAAACUGGACAUUUCUGCUACAUAGAAGAGAUAGACGGUGCAUCUAAGGAUUACUGUGACGAAACCAACACACAGUACCCAUGCGCCCCCAACAAAGGAUACUACGGUCGCGGACCCAUUCAACUGUCGUGGAACUUCAACUACGGCCCCGCGGGAGAGAGCAACGGGUUCGACGGGCUGAACGCGCCGGAAACGGUGGCGAAUGAUGCGGUGGUGUCCUUCAAGACGGCGCUCUGGUACUGGAUGCAGCAUGUGCGCCCUGUGCUGAACCAAGGGUUCGGCGCCACCAUCAGAGCCAUCAACGGCCAGCUCGAAUGUGACGGCAAGAACCCCGACACUGUUCAGGCUCGUGUUGGUUACUACACCCAGUACUGUUCUCAGCUGGGUGUUGCUCCCGGAGAUAAUCUUACCUGCUAGACACACUAUCAACACAUCCAUCCAUCCUCUGCUUCAUAGAAUAAGUGAGAAGGGAAGGGCGCACCUGCAGCUUCUAAUUCUCCACCAAUAAGUUAGAACUUAGAAUGCGUUAAUUAAUUGCGACGUGUACUGUUUAGCAUUGUAUGAAUUUAACAGUGUUACAGUGCCAUGUGUUCCCUCUUUCAUCCUCCACCAAUAACUCUUGUAUCAGCGCCCCACAUAUUAAUUGGCUUCGCGUGAUUAAGCUUUUCGUUAUAUGAA